AUGGCAGAAGGUGAAUCCACCGAUGCUUCCGCUACCGUGACACAACCACCAUCGGUGUCUCGAUAUCCUGUGAUGCCUCUGGCGGUGCCUGAUUUCUAUACAAAUCCUUCUCACCCGUUCUUUUUACAUCCAAACGAAUCACCGUCGACAAUCUUAGUUCCUCAGUUGCUCAAUGGAAACAAUUAUCAUAUGUGGUCUAGAGCCAUGACUGUUGUGCUCAUUUCGAAGAACAAGAUAGGGUUUAUUGAUGGUAGCAUGGAUCCACCUUUGGAAGAUGAUCCUUCUUAUUUCGCUUGGCAGAGGUGUAAUAAUAUGAUUUCUGAUCUUCCAGAGGAGAUCUAUCGUUUAAAGCAAGGAGAUAAAGAUGUCACAGAGUAUUUUACUGAACUUAAAACUCUGUUUGAUGCAUUAGAUAAUUUGAAGCCAUUACCAAUUUGUAGUUGCUCGACCAAGUGUUCAUGUGGUGGAUAUUUGAAAAUGAAGGAUUAUCGUGAUCGAGAUUAUAUCAUACGGUUCCUCAAGGGAUUAAAUGAGCAAUAUUCACAAGUCAGAUCCCAAAUAAUAUUGCUUAAGCCUUUUCUUGAUGUUUCUCAGGCUUUUUCCAUGGUAACUCAACAGGAACGACAGUUUCAAGGUGAAAUUCGUGCAGAUAACAACCAAUCCUUUGCUGGAUUUUCUGAUAAUGCUUCUUUUCGAAGAAAUCAUGGUGCUAGAGGUUUUAGAAGAAGAGGCAGAGUUCCUCUCAACAAUUAUGGUGGAGGUCGUACUCAACUUACAAAGAUUUGCACUCAUUGUGGUGGAUUUAACCACACUGUUGAAACUUGUUUUCAUCUUUAUGGUUUUCCACAAGCAUAUAAAUCACGAAAUCCUGCACCUCAUGCUACCAAUAUUGUAGCACAAAACGCAUCUGAUAUUUUUACUAGCAAAUCGGAUUCAGCUUCAAGUGUCACUCUUUCUGGUGAUCAAUAUCAGCACAUUCUGAGUCUACUCUAG